AUGAAGUUCGAACGACCCUCCUCGCCCCUUACCAUCGAUGGCGGGAGGCUUGUAUGUCGCGAACACCUCCUCGUGAUCUGCGCUAUGUGCUGCGUGGAUUACAGCAACAUGAGAGAGGACAUCGAAAUGUGGGAAGCAGGCGAUGACUAUAAUAACCGUGCUGUUCAGGACACUCAAAUGGAAGAAGCUGGUGAUGUUUAUAAUGACAACAACAGUUCUACCAAAGCCACCAGAAACGAGAGACAACAACCCUCGAUGAACCCUCGAUCAAUGGAGAUCGAUGAGCCAGACCGAAAGCCCAACAAGAGACAUAAGGGCCGACACGGCAAAGAAAGCCGAAUUCAGCCCGUUUUCCCCCAGAGAUUUAUCCCUCCAACACCAGAGGAUACUCCACGAUCACUCUUCAAACCUCUCGUUUUCGUAUCAGAGGGCAGGCCUUCGAUACGCCGAUUCGUUGGAAGAGAGAACCACUACCAAUGCCUGGUAUAUACAGCUGGCGCUUGCCAUGAUAAUUGGAAGGGGGAUGAGAACUAUGCCAAAGCUGGCUGGUCAUUUGUAUACAGACCACAGAACCCAUCACGCAAUAUCACUGGUGGGGUUGCUGGUCGCCUCGAGUUGAUGGGCCCAACUAGAGUCUAUCAUCAACAGACGAGAACUCGUGCAGAGCUGCGAGCUGUGAUUGCGGCCUUGAAAUAUCUGUCUCAUGACGGCAAUACGUUUGACAGCGUGGUUGUCGCCACGGACUCAAGUUAUGUUGUCAACAAUGCAACAAUUUGGAUCCGCAAAUGGCUUACAAGGGAUUGGAAAAAUGCUGGUGGCAGACCGAUCAAGAAUAGGGACUUAUGGGAGGCGUUGCUAAAGGAGGUGAGGUGUUGCUAUGUGCAGGGAAGAGAGGUCUAUCUGUGGCACAUUGAUAGGUUGCUAAAUCAGGAUGCGGUUAGGCUGGCUAAUUGGGCGACUGUGCCUGACUCGGCUCCUAUCGAGUUCGUGGAGGAAUUUCCUCCUUCGUUGUGA